AAGAAAAAAAACGGGUAGGGCCUUACUUGUGCGCGGAUGGUGAGAGGCCGAAGUUGUAUCCUCCUCCCGGUUAAUUUGCUUGUCUGUGCAUCUUCCCGUUCCCUUCCUUCCGAGUAUCUUUCUGUAAAAUAAAGAAAUAGCAAGCACCUGAUAGAGAAUCCCAAAAGAAAGUUGAGUAAAAUUUAACUGAGAGGAAUAGAUAAAAAAAAAAAGAAAAAAAGAAAAAAAAUAAAAAGAAAAAUGGCGACCAUGAAGCUGGGCUCUAAGGCAGAAGCCUUCUAUCUGGAAGGCCAGACGUGGAAAUGCGUGACUGAGCUCGUAAGCGAUGUUGUUGUUGAAGUUGGAGAAAUGUCCUUUCAUCUCCACAAGUUCCCAUUGCUCAACAAAAGUGGGCUUCUUCAAAAGAUGAUCAGCGAAUUCCACAGCGGGGAGGAAAAGAGUUGCAUUCUGCAGCUCCAUGAAGUUCCUGGCGGCGCCAAGUCCUUUGAGCUGGUGACAAAGUUCUGCUAUGACGUGAAGAUCGAACUGAACGCCCUUAAUGUGGUUUGCUUGCGAUGUGCUGCUGAGUAUCUUCGCAUGACCGAAGAUUACGCAGAAGGUAACCUCAUAGCGCAAACAGAAAACUUCCUUAAUGAAGUAUUCGGAAAUUGGAAGGACUCGAUUAAAGCUCUUGAAACUUGCGAAGAUGUUCUCCCCUAUGCAGAAGAGCUACAUAUCAUCUCGCGAUGCAUAAAUUCUCUUGCGUCUAAAGCAUGCGCAGAUCCCGGACUCUUUGGUUGGCCUGUAGGCGGAAAAUCAACUUCAGUUCUGUGGAAUGGAAUAGGUAAUAAUUCUGGAGACGGUCAUAAAUCAGCAGGUGGAGUGGACUGGUGGUACGAAGAUAUUUCUUUCCUAAGCCUACCUUUAUUCAAAAGGCUUAUCCAGGCCAUGGAAGCCAAAGCCAUGAAGCCCGAGAAUAUAGCAGGAGCUCUCAUGUUCUAUGCAAGAAGGUUCCUUCCGGGCCUGACGAGAAACUCGAGCUUCCGCGAUGGCACCACCGCGCGCAUAAAUCCAACCACACCUGUCUCAGCACCAUCUGAAAGCGAUCAGAGAGUCUUUCUUGAAGAGAUAGUUGGAUUACUGCCUGCGAAGAAAGGUGUGGCAUCAACCAAGUUCUUACUUGGUAUGCUUCGGACUGCGAUGAUUUUGCACGCAAAUCCUUUGUGUAGAGAGAACUUGGAGAAAAGAAUAGGUGCGCAGUUGGAUGACGCUUCGUUGGAAGAUCUGUUGAUACCGAACUUGGGCUACUCGGUAGAGACUCUGUAUGAUAUAGAUUGCAUGCAGAGGAUCGUGGACCAUUUUAUGAUGGGGGAGCAAUUGCAAACAGCAGGUGGUGUUGCUUCUCCAGGCAUAGUGGAAGAGGAGGGUGGGCCUUUACCUUUAAUGGACCCAACUCCCUCACUGACUCCUAUGACAAUGGUUGCCAAACUGAUGGAUGGUUAUCUUGCAGAGGUUGCGCCUGAUGUUAAUUUGAAGCUCCCCAAGUUUCAGUCCCUCGCGGCAGUUAUACCAGAUUAUGCAAGGCCUCUUGAUGAUGGCAUCUAUCGUGCCAUCGACAUUUACCUUAAGUCGCACCCGUGGCUCACCGAGUCCGAGCGUGAGCAACUCUGCCGACUGAUGAACUGCCAGAAGCUAUCAUUGGAGGCCUGCACACACGCUGCUCAGAACGAGAGGUUGCCCCUCAGAGUGGUGGUCCAAGUCCUCUUCUUCGAGCAGCUCCGCCUCCGGACCUCAAUUGCCAGCUGGUUCUUCGUCUCUGACAGCAUGGACAACUCGCAUGGGCCCCACACCAAUCUGAUGCUUCACAAGAACAAUGUCGACGGAGCAAUCCAAGCAGAGAUCACUCAUGAACAACAACACAAGGAUGACAGCUGCCCCCCUGUGGGGGUUGAAGACAUGAGGCUGCGAGUUUCGGAGCUUGAGAAGGAGUGUUCGAGUAUGAAGCAAGAAAUUAAUAAGCUUGGGAAGACUAAGAGUUCAUGGAACAUAUUCACUAGGAAGUGUGGUUUCGGGGUAAAGGCGCAAGAUACAGUAAGCGGCAAGUGAUUACUCUUGAUUUCUAGGAACAGUUGACCUGAUCAAAAGCAGAAGCUAGAAAUUUUAGGAUAUUGAGGAUAUCAUUAAUUACUGGUAGGAAUUUAUUAAUUCUUAUGUAACUAUAUUUAUGUUGUCCCAUUUCUGUGCAAUUUGUUGUGGCUUUUCCACUGUAACACCUGUUAUUCCUACGAAUGAUCAUGCAUAUAUCAGCUACUGU